AUGGUCCGACAACCACCCUACCACCAGAUCCGACGAUACUCGAAACUCAAAGCACGGAUACAGCACACAAUCAGCAAUCACAUCCACAAAAUGCCCAUGGUGAAGAAUGUCACGAACACUACUCUCCUACACGGAGUUGGGGAUACGCAGGAAUGA